GCUGAACAGCUUGGGCAAUUCCUCGGCUUCAAGGAAAGAGAAGGAGAUUAGAGGAGAAGAAUCCCCAAAUACUGUCCGCUGAUCUGGUUCCAGAAAGUUGCAGAGUGCUUCCACUAUGAUCCAUGAAUGGUUGAGGCAGUCAUGGUCCCAGGUUAAGAUUGACCUUCACAUUGUCCUUGCUCUGACCAGCAGCACAGCUGCAGCUUUCUUGGCACUCAAAUGGAUGGGCCAGAAUAGGAUAAAAAAACAAAUACAAGAGGCAAGAAGGAAGAGAGACCAUGGCUUGGAUCAAAUGGAAAAAGUUGUUCAGGAGUUUAAACAGCAGAAUCCUGGGGUACAAGCCACUCAUGUCCUUUCUCUGCCUCUGGCAGAGCUAGUGGAGAAGCUGAAGGAAGGGUCCUUGUCUCCAGAAAGUGUCCUUUACACUUACAUGGAAAAGGCUUUAGCAGUUCACUGGGAGGUGAACUGCGUGCGCCAUUUCAUUCCAGAAUGUGAGCAACAUCUCCAGGAGCUGAAGAAACAGAAGGGAAGGGGCUUGCUGUAUGGUGUGCCUGUCAGUAUCAAGGACCACAUUGCAUAUAAGGGUCACUUAUCAACAUGUGGCUUUGUCCAGUCACUUGGUGCCUUGGCAGAAGAGGACAGUGUGCUGGUCGAGGUGUUAAAAAGGCAGGGAGCAAAUCCAUUUGUAAUCACCAAUGUCCCACAAUCCUUACUGAACUAUGACUGCAGCAACUCUAUUUUUGGCCAGACAGUGAAUCCUAGUGAUCAUAAGAGAGGCCCUGGUGGAUCAUCUGGAGGGGAAGGUGCCCUAAUAGCUGCUGGAGGGUCCAUCCUGGGAUUUGGGUCAGAUUUGGGUGGAAGUAUCCGUCUACCCUCCAGCUUCUGUGGUCUUUGUGGGCUGAAGCCAACAGCAGGUAGGCUGAGCAAUUCAGGAGUAAGGGGCCCCAUUGAUGGAAUACUCACAGUUCCAGGAACAGUGGGCCCAAUGGCAAGGGAUGUGGAAAGUCUAGCUCUGUGCAUGAAGGCUCUCUUAUGUGAUGACAUGUUCCAGCUGGACCCCUUUGUUCCGCCUGUGUUUUUCAAUGAAGAGGUAUACUCUAGUUCCACGCCACUUCGGAUUGGCUAUUAUGACACUGAUGGCUAUUUUUUGCUCCCUCCCUGUAUGAGGCGGGCUGUGCAUGAAACCAGGAAGCUUCUCCAAGAAGCUGGCCAUACGCUCGUUCCCUUCACCCCACCUUCAGUGGACUAUGCCAUAGAUGAACUUUAUAUCAAAGGCCUUUUUGCUGAUGGUGGCUCAACUCUGUUGGCUAUGUUUGAAAGAGAUAUAGUCGACCCAUGCUUGAAACCUCAAGUGGCUCAUCUUAGAAUCCCAAAAUUGGUGAGGAAAGUUUUGGCCAAGUUUGUCAAACCCUGGUUUCCAAGACUGGCCAGCCAUCUCAAUGCACUGUGUGGAGUAAGGUCUGUGAAUUGCCUGUGGGAGCUGAAUGACAAAGUGAUGGCUUAUCGUAAACAGUUUGUUGACCAGUGGAAGAAAAGCGAGCUUGAUGUUGUCCUCUGUCCAGUUCUGGGACCUGCCUUUAAUCUUAGUUACCCCUCAAAACUAUUGGCUGCCAUCUCGUAUACCAUGCUGUACAAUCUUUUGAACUUUCCUGCUGGAGUUGUGCCAGUCACUACCGUUACAGAGGCUGAUGAAGAGGAGCUGGGACAGCACCGAGGACACUUUGGUGACCCCUGGGAUAAGAGACUGAAAGAGGCUGUGAAAGGUGCUGUGGGGCUCCCUGUGGCAGUUCAGUGUGUGGCAUUACCAUGGCAGGAUGAAUUAUGCCUUCGUUUCAUGAAAGAGGUGGAGAUGCUGUCCCACCAAAGGAGACUGGAGAAAGCCAUGUGAGCCUAACACAGAAGGUCAUAGCCUCUAAAGAAGGUAGUUCUCUCAGGAAUUGCAAAGUGACACUACAAGAUUGUAACUUGCACCUAAGGCUGCAGCAGAGCUGGGAGUGGAAUCCCAAGCCUUCAAGACUUUAAGGUGCUUCUUAGAUGCCUUCCAAGUAUUUAGAGCAGUGCUUGAGCCAAAUUGCCACCUGCUGUCUAGGACGUAAAUUAUCCAGCUCUCUGCGAAAUGACACAACAAUCUAGCUUGCAGCUAUGACAGCUUUAUUUUCUUAAAAGAGGUUUGGCCUGCAUAGAUUGAAUUAACAAUUGUCAAAAGGCAGAGAAGAAGGGAUUUUCUUAUGGGGGAGCAUUUAUUGAGCACAUAAGAUGUUAGUUUAUUAAGAGUGCAGUUGCUGAACCAUUCAGCUCCACUUCUUCUCCUGCCAUCAUAUAUUAUAUACCACUGGCUCCACCCCUGAGAUUAUACAACUUUCCUCACUGCUUGCCAUCCACAUAUUAAACUUGGAUGCUUGCAGGGAGAAAGCCUAUGCAUGUAGACCUCUCUGGAACAGAACACUUGAUUUCUCUGGGUCCCAGGUCCAGGGGAAGCCUACAUGCAUUGGCUUUCCCUCUGCUGGUGUCCAUGCCUAAUAUCUGAGCAGUGGUGUCAAAGGAAGCCACGUAACUAUGGGGACCCAUUACACCUUGAUCACAGAGCCCCCUCUUCACAUGUGUAACAAGUGAAAGGGACUAUCCAUUGAGAGAGCACAGUGACACUCAGCACAUUUUGCUGGUGAUUGUCAGUCAACAUUGACCAGAACAAAAGUGAGGAUUAAAAAUAGCAAUGGGCAGUUUGGGGAGUGUGCCUGGGAGAACAAUUGUCCAGAAAGAUCAGAAUCAGUAGGGAUUUUUUUACCGUAUUUGUCAACA